AUGAAGGCCAAGCAACGUUCGAAAUCAAUGAAAAUAAUUCUUUAUAUGAAUCUUAUACUUUUACUUCUUAUCAUCAUACAUGUGGCCAGGAAAUCAGAAAAUAACUUUUCUCCACCGUCAACUAUUACGCUACCAACGUUACAUUUGAUUGAUGUCGCAUUCAGAAACCAACUGAUAACUGAACGCUUAGCAAGUUACUCACAAUUCUACAAUAAUUCACUAGGCGUCUGCAAUAUAAAAAAUUCGUUAAAUGCUGAGCAAGAAAAGAUUUUCCCUCAUAUAUCUGAAUUACUGAUAACACUUCGUCAACAGAUUGUAACAUAUCCAAAUCAAUAUUUCAAUGGCCGAGGUAUUAUUCUUACUGUUGGUUCAAGUCAAUUGGAACUGGCAAGAGUCAAUUUGAAAAUGAUUGAGCUAACCCGCACUCGAUUGCCUGUUCAGUUAUGGUAUUCAUCCAGUCAGGUUUCACAGAAAUUUAUGCUUACCUUGCUUGAUAGGGUGCCUAAACUUAACGCAAGUAUAUGUUGUUUUGAUACAGCUCAAUGUAAAACGCGUAAUCAAAUCUGGCAACUUAAUUCUACUAAUGUCUACAAACCUAUCACAGGCACUCUAUGGAAACAUUUUCCUUAUAAACCAGCAGCCAUUAUUAGUUCUACUUUUGAAGAAGUGCUAUUUCUCGAUUCCGAUGCGUAUGUCACACGAGAUCCUGAAGAUCUCUUUCUUUCUGAUCCAAUGUAUCUUAAAUUUGGUGCUCUUUUCUUUCCCGAUUCUUAUUUGAGUCGACAGCAUCCAGUUGUAUGGAAUUUAUUUAAUACAACUUGUGGUGACCAUGAAUAUGAACUAGAUAGUGCAACAAUAUUAGUUCACAAAAAAAUCGUAUGGAAUGGACUUUAUAUGGCAAAAUUAAUGAAUGAUAAUCAUGAAUUAUUCUAUCAACAUGUUACCGAUGGAGACAAAGAUACAUUUCGAUUAGGAUUCCGUUAUAUGAACGUAAAAUAUUAUUUAGUAAUGACACCAUGUGCUACUGGUUCAUUUGAUGGUACUCGUUUUUGUGGUUGGACUCUUUGUAAGACAGAUAGUCUAGCACAACAUAUCUACAUAAAUCAUGUUCAUAUUUUCAAAUAUGAAAAUAUUAAAUAUACAUCAGCUAAUUUAGGUUAUACACGCAUUGGGCUCGGAGAUCCAAAUAACAAUUCGUUUUUCUUUACUCAUUGUCGAUUACCCGGAGCAUCUACAAGUUGUUUUCAUAUUAUUAAACAACCCAAUCCACAUAUUACUAAUAGCAACUGUUAUACAGGUGGAGUUCCAUUAGAAGAUAUUGAAAAUCAUCAAUAUACUCUGAAUGAAUCUCUCUUAUUUGAUAAUUCAAGAAAAAAUAGAGUAUUAUUCAGCAAAACCAAUCACUUGAUCCCUAAUUUUGUUGACAAUUUAUUGAAAUAUAUCGAAUAG